GUUAUUCUACGUCGACGACAAGGGAUCUAGUACCUUUGAUGCUGGCAGACGCAGCUCACGUAGUUUUCGGAGAGGAGAAAUUUCCUUGUGUAGACUCGUGCCCCGGAAAUCCGCUCGGAAAAUACUCGUUGCUGCACCAUGGGAGCCAUAUUCAAAAGUACUACUUUCUAAAUUGGGUGAUAAAAGAACACAUGGAUGAGUUUCUGCUCUUAUUCCUUGUGGCUUGUGUUUGUGUCGUGGUAUAGUCUCUUAUUUAUUAAGUUCGUAAUAUGAGAUUCAUCGUCUACUAGUAGAAUUCCUAUUUCCCAAACGCUUAUCAGCGAUGCUUUCCAGAGCAGCGCGAGUGGUUCAGUGGCCUCCUCUUCCUCGGUGAACAAGAGCAGAACGCAUCAUCACUUACCUGGUGUCGCUCGGAUGCAGGAGACAAGCGAGCGAAACAACUUUUUGGAGUGUGUUGCCGGAACGCUGCGUCAGUCUACACGAGUAGGACGCUUCACACUCAUGCUUCACAAAGAGUGGGAUCCGGCGAUUCAAAAUAUUUUCCAAGAAAGUUCUGAAAGGAGCUAGCAGAGAUACUCAAGUUAGUACAGAUUUUUUUACAAUCAGAAUCGCGGAGUGUGGCGAUGAAGUGUUGUAAUUUUGAUAAGACGUUGAUCGUUCUUCUCGAUCUCAGAAACUAACAAAAGCAAAGGUUGAUAAGAUCUUUCUAGAUAGAACCCACUCGCAAUGCAUCGAUUCUUCUUGCAGCACAUUGCAGGCACAUGCAGAACUACGGAAGGUUGCAAAUUCCAAGGAAUUCUCUUCCAUACGUAUAUUUUUGUUAAAUUUUGGGAAGAUGUGUUGUCGAAGAUUUUGGUGAAACGGUAUAUGCAC